AUGGCAGUUCCUUUGUUACCGGCCGAAUUCCGCUGCUUUCGUCAUAUCACGCACAUCUACGCCCGCAACGUUUCACUUCCUGCGGUGAAGGCGACGGUGAAGGCGCCAGACGACGGUGGAGUUGAGGCCUCGGCUUUGGACACCACAUCGAUGUGUGCUGCGGUGCGUUGCGGCCGCCGCACGGCACUGAGACCGCGUUGUGUCUCGUCCUAUUUUGUCUUGAGUCUCCCACCGGGCAAAGCAGAGAGCGUGCAGGUGUCGGCGGGCGACCGCCGCAUCUACACAAGUGAGGUGCGGCGCGACACACAGAACCCGGUGUGGGAUCACAUUCCGGAGGUCACUCUUGAGCAGUUUGGAGAGGUCACGUGCUUUGUCUUUUCCCUGUACUGUUGCACGACCCAUUCAGAGGAGGCGGUGACAGCUCCUGAAACGGACUUUUUGUUUUACGAGAUGCUAAUCCAAACCUCCCAUGUAGAGUACGUGGCCGCCUCCAUGACGAAGGCGGACGCCUUGCCAAGUCUACCGUACCACGUCGAAAACAGGCCGAAUUCUUUUGUAGUGUUGCUUCGCUGCACAGACGGCAUCUUUUUUCCGAAGCAUCAGGGCAUGCAGGUUGAUGAGGAAGGGGUGGUGGUGGACCCUAUUCAGACACCGUACCUGUGCGAGGACGGUGACCCUUUGCGGCGUUUAACGGAUGUGGAUGCGGCGCGGUCCCAGGGGAAAGGCAUUUAUCUCCCGCAGGAGAAAAUAACGCUGGGUGACCUUAAGACAUGUGCGACGGCCACGUUGGCGUGGAGUUAUCUUAGCGAGUUGGCGGCGGAUCGUCGUGGGGAACUGCAAGAUGAUAUCGAUGGAAUGAUGGAGUCAAGUCAUGGGGAGGCCGCUGCAGUGGCUCAGCGUGCAAUGUUGGAGGCUCGUCUUACCGAGGCUCGUGAGAAGUUAGAAUGCUUAUUCGGCGAAUUGCGUGAGCUACGAGCUCGCUACAAGGAGGAGCAAGACGCAAUGACGCUGCAGAUGGCGCAGCUGGGGGAGCUUCAGUCGAGCAUAGCCCUUGAGGCGGUCCGUGAGCAAGAGACGAGGGAGAGGCUUCCAGAGCACGAGCUUUCCCUCGCCACGCUGCGUGUGCAGCUAGAAGGCGUCCGACGGCUGCGGUUGGAAGAGCUACGGGUGAUGUUCCCUAUUAACGAGGGUGCAGCCGGGUUGGCGGACACCAUAUGCGGUUAUUGCCUGCCUGAACGAGGGAAAGGUUUGGGAGCGGCAAACGACACGAUGCACGAUUGGGGCCUUGCUUUGGGUGCCACCGCGCACCUCAUCACUACGGCUGCCACAAUUUACGGCUGCACGCUUCCCCGUCCACUAUUAUUAUGCGGCGGACGCAGCUGCGUGAUGGAGAAAUCAGGUCUUGCAACUGCUGCCGUUAUUUCUCCUGUUACUGGGUUGGGCGAUGUGAAACUUCCACUCUUCUGCGCACGCGCCGCCGAUCGCCCACUAAUGGCUGCAGCGAUGCAACUCUUGCUGGAAGAUGUGGCAGCAGUUGCGAAGGCGAUGGGGCGGUAUGACGUUGCAGCAAACGCCGAGAACGGUGACGUGCGGUUAGGUACCAUGCUAAAGCAGCUUUUGGCGCCUGUGUAG